AUUUUAAUUGUCCAUGAAUGAAUUUGCAAGAUGCGACAUGUGACUCGGGCCUCAGUGACAAACAAUAACCAAGAAAAUCUACUUUCCGAUAAUUUGGCGAUUCCCAUUAACGGUCGGGACCAUUUGAGUCCUGCUGACACUGACGACACGGCUGCCAGUUUGUCGUGUCGGUUGGGGUUCUUGCCGGGCAAUCUGGAAAUUGUGCUGUGCGAUUUCCAUCGUUUUGUCCUUUUCUUUGCUUUUGCUAUCGUGAUCAAAAUUGGAACGCCGCCAUCUUGUCACCUUAAACGCUUUCCGAUAGACGCAGCGGAAUUCAACAAAAGCGACGGCAGCGAUGUCGGGCAGACCCAACGGGAGUCCGCCUCCCUACGAGUCGGACGGCUACAACGCGCCCCCCCAGCCGGCGUACUCGUACUACCCUGACGACGAGUUCCAGCACUUCUACCGCUGGACGUCCCCGCCGGGCGUGCUGAAGAUCAUGGCCGUCCUGGCGGUGGUGAUGUGCGUGGCCAUCUUCGCCUGCGUGGCCUCCACCCUGGCGUGGGACUCCCAGGGGGCGCUGUCGGGCUUCGGCGGCAUCGGGGGGGUCUUCCCGGGAGGCGGAGGCGGAGGAUUCGGCUCCUUCGGCGGCGCCGCCGCCUUCGGGCCCGGCAACAACUACGGCUACGGCAACCUCGGCGGGAACUACAACGACCCCCGCUCGGCCAAAGGCUUCACGAUCGCCAUGGCGGCCCUGGUCUUCGUCUUCGCGCUGGCCGUCUUCGUCGUCAUCGUGUCUCACCAGAGCGGCUCGGAGAGCGGCAAGUUCUACCUGGCCGUGCUGGUCCUGUGCGCCGUUCUGGCUCUGCUGAUGCUGAUCGCCACCAUCGUGUACCUGGUGGCCGUCAACCCCGCGGCGCAGUCGCAGGGCUCGGCGUACGCCGGCCAGAUCGCCGGCCUGUGCGCGCCGUACCAGCAGGCGCAGGCGCCGGGCCUCUUCGUCAACCAGUACCUGUACCACUACUGCGUGGUGGAGCCGCAAGAGGCCAUCGCGGUGGUCUUCGGCUUUUUGGUGACGGCCGCCCUCGUCGUCAUGCUGGUGUUCGCGCUCAAGACGCGCAAGAAGAUCGCCAAGUACGGCAAGAGCAACAUCCUGUGGAAGCGCGUCAAGGUCACGGAGGACGGCGAGCCGCCGCACGACGUCGAGGCCUGGGUGAACAACGUGUCGGCGCCGGCCGAGGAGCUGCCCAUGGCCGACUUCCCGGAGAAGUCGCGGAGCCGCUUGGACUACGAGGGCGGCGACUACGGCGGAGAUCGCUACGGCUACGCGUCACCGCCACCGGAGGAGGAGCGGCCGGCGGGUAACGGCGUCCCUUACGGCGCCGCCUCGGACGUCCCGAGCUCGGCCGGGAGACGCGACGGCGGGCGGCGGGACCCCGACGCCGACUACGCCUCCUCGGGAGACGAGCUGGACGACGACGACGCCGACUUCUACAGCGAGUUCCCGCCCGUCGCCGACGAACGCGAGCGAAACGACUACAAGCGAGAGUUCGAGCGCAGCCACCGCGAGUACAAAGAACUCCAGGCCGAGCUGGACGCCGUCAACAAGAAUCUCAGCGACGUCGACCGACUGCUGGACCAGCUCCAGGAGGGAAGCCCGCAAUACCUGGACGCGCUGGACGAGUACAACAGCAUCAAGAAGAUGAAAAAGUCGGCGGACUAUCGCGCCAAGAAGAGGCGGAGCAAAUACCUCAAGGCCAAACUCAACCACAUCAAGAAGAUGGUCAGCGACUACGAUCGCAGAGCCUGAGACGGCGUUUGGGUCGAGACGUCAUCAGCGACGCCCAACUCGUUCCUCCUCCCAGCUUCAAAGCUUUUUUUUUUUUUUUUUGUUUUUUUAAGCAUAAAAAGCUGACUUUGACUACUUUAGCAAAUAACGUUUUUAUCAUGAAAUGUUGUUGUUGUACUUUCCUACACUCAACGUGUGCGUAUUCAGUGUGGAACCAGGUCACGUAUUUUAACUUUCUGUUACAUUUUUUUUUUUUCUUUUUUAUGAUGGUGGUCAAAAUGGUCAAAUGUCCACGAAAUGUCCUUUUUUUUAAAAAAAUUUAAUAUAAACCGCAGUUUAGCCACUAGGUGGAAGCAUUGCUCAGUGUUGAGAUGUUACCAAACGUUGCAUUGUUUUUGUUCCGUGUUUUAAAAAUGUGCAUCCAUACAUGUUGACUUUAAAGGUUUAUAGCGGAUGGGUUUGAUGCAAAAAAAUUUAAGUUUGUGAUGAUUUUCAUAAUAAAUGAAUUUUGCGACGAUUUAGCGCAGCAUUUGAA